CUCGGAAAUGAGCUCGCGCCGGCCUUCCGUACCUUCCUCAAGGUCAGGAGCGCCGAAGUCCAGCGCAACGUCUUCGGAAACCUGUCGUCGUGCUUCAUCGCCAGCGACCUCGAGCCACGGUUCGUCGAAAUGCAACACCUACCGGCGCUGGUGCCGAAGCUCGCCGCCCGCGACUGGGUCGACGCGCUACAGUCCGCGUUCGGGGUGAACCCGCCGCUGAGCGAGGAGGACACGCUUGUUCGCGACCGACUCCGCGCUCCUGCACGCCGUGAACGUCCUCUUCGCUUCGUACACAGCCCGGGAAUUAAUGUUUCACACGGCGUGGUGGUUCGCCCAGAUGAUGGCUGCCGUGUCCAGCGACGGGAUACACGCCUUCAUAUUGGGAAACAAGGUGGGCAACGAAAUAUAUCCGGUGCUCUGCGGAGGUCAAAUUGCCAUGGCGUACAACGCGCUGCUGUCCCGCGUCGAACACGGCACCGGCUCUGCCUCCACCGACCCGAGGUCGCCGGUGACACGACUCUUGAGCAACGUCCACGAGACGGCAGUCGGGAAGGUUCAGACGUGGACGAGCGCGUUGGGUUCCCAGGAGAUCGACGCUGUCAGCUCGCGCCUAGGCAACGCUAGCACCGUGGUGUGGCCCGAAGGGAAACACAACGAGAGCAGCGACGCUUGGUGGGGGGAAGACCUGUACGGUCCCGACUACGACAACGCGAUGCGAGGGUUCUUCGGUCACUGGCGCGAGAUACGGCAGCGAUUGCGGGGGUCCCUGAACACCGACGCCUAUCAGUCCAGCCUCCGCGUGUUCCGAUUGCAGUCGUCCUACCUGGCGACAUACGACGUCGUCUCUAACGCGAUUUCCGUCGGCGUCCAAGCCAUCACCGAGCCCUUCUAUGUGCUCUGACGGCACGAGUGCCAUCAAUUACGGUGGCCUUGGCUUUCUCUACGCCUUGCAGGUGGCGCGAGCCAUCAACACACUCACGCUCCUGCUCGACGGCGACCAUACACCGUCGGCUUGGGUUCCUCCAGCCAACGCCACCGACGGCAGCGGGGCACCAGGUCAGGUCCUUUGGAAGCUUGGCGGUUGCGCUUCCUCCAACGCGUCCGCCCACGUGACGUCGCUCUACCCCGCACUUCCGGCGCUGGAAAUCGCGCACAGCGCCUACAAGCGGUUCCGCAACGUCACGGAGGACGUGCCCCUCCGGGGACUGGAGGCCUACAGCGCAGAACAGGUCUUCUUCCUGACGGCCUGCCACGUGACCUGCUGGUCGACGAGCACGGGGCACCGCAUGUCGCCGGAGUGCACCAACGCCAUGAGCAACUUCGCCCCGUUCGCCGAGGCCUUCGGCUGUCCCGCCGGUUCACCCAUGAACCCUCACGAGAGGUGCCAGUUCUUCUGA